GCUGAGCAUCAUAUAUAAUUUCUUCCAGGUUUUGCUUAAAAAAAAAGAUUUAUUACCAAUUGAAGGAAAAAAUGUAAGGAAAAUCCAAACGAUACCGUUGGAAAAGGCCGUUGGAAAAAGCAAAUAGAAAAAAAAAACCUGUUGUUAAAGAAACACUCUUGAGUCUUGACCUAAAACUGUAGUUCACAACCAAUGGCUGCACGCACGACGUCUCUGCCCACACACGAGAUCGAUUAUCUGAAGGAGACACUUCAUGCUCAGCAAGAACUUCUGCAGAAACUAUACAAUGAAUUGGAUGUGGAACGAGAAUCUUCAAAUGUUGCUGCUGAUGAAGCUUUGUCGAUGAUAUUACGCCUGCAGGGCGAAAAGGCAGCAAUGGAAAUGGAGGCCAGCCACUACAAGAGAAUUGCGGAGGAAAAGAUGUGUUAUGCUCAAGAAGCACUUGAGAUAUUCCAAGAACUGAUAUACCAAAAGGAAAUGCAGAUUGCUUCUCUUGAGUUCCAAGUACAGGCAUACAAAUUCAAACUUAUAAGUAUGGGGUGUGACGAUUUGGGUGUCUGUGAGAUGCAAUAUCCCGAAAACAUGUUGUCGAGAAGAAACAGACUCUCAGGAGAGUCAAGCUCUCGAGGAUCUUUCAGACGGGGUAUUUCCCUGCCACCCCCUCCAAUAAUUAGUACAUUUAGUAGACGGGUUUCUACCGAGGGUACAAAAUCCUCAACCUCGUCUCCUAAAACAUGGCAAGAUGUCAAAAGUGAAGAACUUUUGACGCGGAGAGACCAGGGAGAUGUUAAUUUGUACUGGGAAGAGAUUAGAAAGUUGAAUGAGCGCGUUAAAGAGUUGGGUUAUAGUAGUUUAUCCACAACUAAGGAUGCAAAUAAUGUUGUUUUAGCUAGUACAUCUUGGAUUCAAAAUCCCUCCCAGGAGGAAUCUUCUACAUCAGAUUUUUUUGAGUCACCGGAGAAUGUGCUUAGCGUCCAAGCAUGUGAAGAUUCUGCUUGUUCGACAAGUGUUCAAGAUAUCUUUGAAGUCCCAACAUGUUUCGACAAUAACCAAGAUGAUAAAGCUAUAAAGAAAGUUAGCCAUAGUUUGAUCUUACAAAGUGAAUGCAGAGAUGGGAAGCUUGAUUCGGUCUGGGAUGAGAUUUGGAAGGCCGAUUUCAAGGAGAACAUUGAUUGGGAGAAAAAACGAUUGAUAUCCCCGAAAAGCGACAAAAGUUCGCCUAAGACGAAUGAUGCUAAGGAGAAGAGUGGUUGGGAAAAGAAGGCGAUGCAGUCUUCCGGUGGGAGUAAUGAAUCACCUAAACAAAAAGAUGACAAGUCGGGUAAAUCAUCGCUUUUUAAACACCCGACAUAUGGUGUUGCUGACUUUGAACUUCGGCAGUUCAAUAGAAGACUUAAGCAGCUUGAAGAUCAGAGAUUUGUGACUAGAAGCAUUGCAGCGAGUUCAGAAACAGCUGCAGAAAAGUUGAGAGUAUUGUGGGAGAUUAGGGAUAAAAUUGACUCAUUGCAGGAAGAGAUAACAGGGUGCAGGACUAAGAAGUCGUCGUCUCUAGCCGAGCAUUCUCCUGGUUGCAUCAAAGAGGUAAUGCUGUGUUUUUGGCCAUGAUCAAACCUUGACAAUCAUGAUAUGGUUAUUUCCGUUCCUUUCUUCCAGAGUUAGUCCCUGUAAUUGGAUGAUAAAAGGCUGCGAAAUUUCUCAACUAAAUAUGGUUCAAGUAUAAGUUUAUAUUUGAUCUACAGAUACAAGAAUCUAUGUUAGUUUGUCAUACAGAAAAAUAUUCUUUGAAGCAUGUUAAUGUGUAGAACAUAUGGCUCUGGGACAUCGGUUAUCCUUUGUCGAGCAUAGUUGUGUAUAUACUAUUCGUUCGGCAGAGCUGUUGAUUUUUGCUUUGUAACAAGAUUGUUUCUGCUAAUUGUGCAGUAAUUUUACUUUUUUUUGAA